CACUGACAUCGCUCCCUUCGAAGUGACGAGAGGUGUGCUGGCAAUGUAACUCACGCACGCACGAAGCUGCUGCGGCGCACUUGGCUCGGCGCGCAAAGGGCGAGCCACGCUGCAUGCUGAGAAGGGCGCGGGCGUCAGCGUCCAGAUCGGGCAGGCGCAGCUGCGCAGGUUGCAGCGCACACGGGGCGUGCUGCGCCCCGUCGUCCUGACAACGCGUCCCGAUCGAGCCGUGUCAACACGCUGCCGCAUCUGCUCGACAGCCUCGCCAGCGUCAAGGCGAAAAGAGCGGCGGAGGCGUUGGCGAGGCUGCAAGAAGGCGAGGCCACUCGCACCGCCUGCUUCCGCUCCACGUCCUUCUCCGCCGAGUCAGCCUCUCCCGCGCCCUCUCCGCCCACACGCCGCACCGUCGCACCCACACCCACUUGCACACAAUGCACUCCACGCUCCUUGCUCUCCUCCUCACGCUGCUGCUGAGCAGCAGCGCCUGCGUGCGCGCCAUCGACACCGACUGCCACAACCGCAACCCCGGCACGGGCGACGACUGCUCCAACUCGUGGGACCGCCUCUGGGACAUCCGCUCGCGUGUCUGCUCGCAGCCGCAGCACUUCGGCUUCUACGCCGGCAAGCGCAAGAAUGCCUUUGUGACGAAUGCCGACUGCCCCGGCCGCGGCGUCUUCUUUGGCUCCGACGCCUCGGGCCGCGUGGACCAGUGCUGGCGCGCCACGCAGCGCGCCAUCACCACCUGCCAGCUCAAUGGCUGCCAGAACAACGGCGGCUGCUGGGGCACGGGCGUCGCUCAUGCGGGCGAUGAGGUCUACCAGACCGUGCGCUACCUCGACAACGACGGCUCGUGGUACGGUCACCCUCGCGCUGGCGAUUAUGGCCGCCGCGACACCGCCGCGAUCCUCUCGACCUCGCAGUCGGACGACUUCGAGACCUUCGUCGUCGAGAACGGCCGCGAUUGAGCUGGCCCGAUGCGCCAGCCCCUGUCCCUCUUGACGAGGACACGCGCUCCGGCCCCACGCCCCCUUCUCCCAGGUUCCUUUCCGCCUCGCCCCGCCGACGGACCUGUCGUCGCGCCACACUCUCGGAGCAACCCAGUUGAUGGCGCUGUGCGCCUCCUCGCGCG